AUGGCCACUGAUCGUGAAAGUAAAACAUUCCUCGCGCGGCUCUGCGAGCAGGCCGAGCGCUACGAUGAGAUGGUUUCGUACAUGAAAGAGGUUGCCAACAUGGGCGGCGAGCUCUCCGUUGACGAACGAAACCUCCUUUCCGUUGCCUACAAGAAUGUUGUAGGAACCCGACGUGCUUCCUGGCGCAUCAUCUCCUCCAUCGAACAGAAGGAGGAAUCUAAGGGCUCAGAGAAGCACGUUGCUAUCAUCCGCGAGUACCGUCAGAAGAUCGAGAGCGAACUCGAGAAAGUCUGUCAAGAUGUCCUCGAUGUUCUUGACAAGGCUCUCAUUCCCAAGGCCGAAUCCGGAGAGUCCAAGGUCUUCUACCACAAGAUGAAGGGCGACUAUCACCGAUACCUCGCGGAGUUUGCCUCUGGUGAGAAGCGCAAGGUUGCUGCUACUGCUGCCCACGAGGCUUACAAGAACGCCACCGACGUCGCACAAACUGAGCUUACUCCAACACAUCCCAUCCGCCUUGGUCUCGCGCUCAACUUCAGUGUAUUCUACUACGAGAUCUUGAAUUCUCCAGACCGCGCCUGUCAUCUCGCCAAACAAGCUUUCGACGAUGCCAUUGCUGAGCUUGACUCACUGUCUGAGGAGUCGUACCGCGACAGCACCCUCAUCAUGCAAUUGCUCCGAGACAACUUGACAUUGUGGACAUCAUCUGACGGCGGUGAAGGUGAGGCUGGCCCAGCGGGUGAGGCAUCAAAGGAAGAGAAGCCUGCUGAAGCUGCCCCACCAGCUGAGGGUGCUGAGAAGGCAGAGGCUGCACCUGCUUCUUAG